CCAGAAGUUGGAUGUCACUUUCCUGUGCGCUGUACUAACUGAUAAGUGGCGAGUGAAAUCGCAAAUUUGAUCUUUUGCCAUGUUAAGCCUGCUGUUUGCCACGUAACUGGACUGCUUGUGAGUAAAGGAAACAUGAACAUCAAAGAGUAUUUCGCAAGAACCAGGUACCAAGGCUCCCUGGAAAAGCUCGAUUUGGCGACGCUGACGGCCAUCUUCCAGUACCACAUCCGGGCCGUUCCCUUUGAGAACCUCAGCAUCCACUGCGGGGAGACCAUCACGUUGGACCUGGAGGAUGUGUAUGAGAAAAUCGUGAGGAAAAGGCGAGGUGGGUGGUGCAUGGAGAACAACCAGCUGCUCUUUUGGGUUCUCAAAAGCCUGGGAUACGACACAAACACCCUGGGGGCUUACUGCUACAACCCGAAGCAAGGUGACUAUGGGACGGACAUGAACCACCUCAUCAUGAAGGUUGUGAUUGAUGGAACAACUUAUAUUGUUGAUGGUGGUUACGGCUCUUCCUACCAAAUGUGGGAGCCUAUGGAACUGGUGGCUGGCAAAGACCAGCCUCAAACACCGGGGAUCUUUCGCUUCACAGGGGAGAACGGGACUUGGCACUUGGAGAAAAUCAGAAGGAAACAACAUGUUCCCAAUCCCAACUUCAGUGACCAGGUAGGGAAAGUGGGACACAUGAGGAUUUAUUCAUUCAGCCUGGAGCCGGUUACGAUGGAAGACUUCCAGCCCCAAUGUUUGUACCUCCAAAUGUCCCCCGAUUCCCUGUUUACGCGGAAGUCGAUUUGCACCCUCCAAACUGUGGGCGGCUUCCGGGCUCUGGUUGGGUGGACCUUCUCAGAGACCAAGUACAACUACAAGGAGGACACAGACCUGGUGGAAUUCAAGACCUUGCGGGAUGACGAGGUGGAGCCAACCCUGCAAGAGGAGUUUGGCAUCUCUUUGGAGAGGAAGCUGGCCCCAAUUAACCUCCCCGGGAACUAUGAAAUCUAGCCUGGAGGAUCAAAGCCAGCAGUAAGACUUUCUCUCUAACGAUUAACUAAACGAUGGAUUAAACUCUGACUCAUGAUCAAAGUACCCAAACUUGAUAAAGAACAGGAUAAUGAAAGGAAAGGAAAUUAAACCAUUUGUCUCAGAUAAGGAAAAUUUUAAGCACUUGAAAAUAGAGGAAUUUGUUGUUCAGAUUUCAUUAAUCCACACUGAUCUGAAUUUGGAAAAGCCAAGAUGGCACUGUAUAAUGGUUUCAGCACUGGACAAAUACACACGAGACCAGGGUAAACCAUGAAAACCCAUUGGGAAGUCACACUCUUUUACCCCUCUCUCAAUAAACACCUGAGAAGCUCACCUGAGGUUGGAGCCCCAUUUGGGACAUAAAGCAAAUACAUCAACAAGGUUUGCUGUAGGUCUGUAAUGUCCUGAAGGCACACAACAGCAACAUCUGAAUGAAGAAUAGAAUGUGUUCUGAUGAACAUCUACAACUAAGCUGUAUACAACACGCUUCGUUCUUUUCUGUAGAAGAAGCAACUCUGCCGGUGGAAAAGAUCACUUCCGCGUGGACUGACUUCAUUUAGAUGCUGGAAAUGCAGAAUACUUUGCAUUGAUGGGAAAUUGCUAGGUUCGCAUUUGCUGACAAGUCAGGGCUUUCACCUCUUCCAGGUGGAUUUAAAAACCCCAUCAAACUUGCAUUGGUUGGACUUUGGAGUGUUUUCUGAUUCCAUGAGAAUUCAAAUACACUGAAGGUUAAGGUCAGCGGAAUAGUUAAUGUGAUGCAACUUCAAUUUUCUGAAUAUAUUGGGAUUUCUAGUGUCAUAACAUACCUGAAAAAUAAAAUGAGUUACUUCUGCUUCUUGGCAUCAUAAGAUUGUUGAAAAAUAUUGUGGGAUUAACAUAACUCAAAAACUAAUGGACGAAUUGACAUCAAAUUUGGCCACAAUACAUCAACUAAACCAGUGGUUCUCAUUCUUAAUGCCGCAACCCCUUAAUACAGUUCCUCCUGUUGUGCUGACCCCCAUGAAUAACAUUAUUUUUGUUGCUAUUUCUUAACUGUAAUUUUGCUACUGUUAUGAAUCGUAAUGUAAAUAUCUGAUAUGCAUUAUGUACUUUCAUUCACUGGACCCAAAUUUUGCAAAAAUACCCAAUAUGCCCAAAUUUGAAUACUGGUGGGAUUGGGCAGGGGGAUUGAUUUUGUAAUUUGGGAGUUGUAGUUGCUGGGAUUUAUAGUUCACCUAUAAUCAAAGAGCAUUCCAAACUCCACCAACAAUGGAAUUGAACCAAACUUGGCACACAGAACCCCCAUGACCAACAGAAAAUACUGGAAGGGUUUGGUGGGCAUUGAUCUUGAGUUUUGGAGUGGUAGUUCACCUACAUCCAGAGAGCACUGUGGACUCAAACAAUGAUGGCUCUGAACCAAACUUGGCACAAAUACUCAAUAUGCCCACGUGUGAACACUGGUGGAGUUUGGGGGAAAUAGACCUUGACAUUUGGGAGUUGUAGUUGCUGGGAUUUAUAGUUCACCUACAAUCAAAGCACAUUCUGAGCUUGUUUUAUUUCACCCUGUUUAUUCAGUAAACUCAAUUUGGUUAAUUUA